AUGGGCUGCUGUCAUGGGACGUCUCUUGAUAAAAGUGAGCUUUUAAUGAACAACAGCACAGACACCAUAUGUGAUAACGCCGCAAAAGCUUUAGCUUUUAGCUCAGCUGAAACAAAAUCAAAAAUUAAUAGCAGCAUAGAUUGGACAAACCCCUAUCAUAACUUAAGAUUCUCUACUUUUUCAAAUCAAUCAAGGAUUUCUGACACAUUAAAUAUUGAAAUUGUUGAUUUGCCGCUACCCAGGGAAUCUAGUCUAAGCAAUAAUCAUACUCAAUCAGAGAAUAAAAAUAAUUAUGUGUAA